AUGAAACAUGGUCUUUUCGGUCCAGCUUUUGGCUCUGGACCUGAUUUAGUAAUGGUUUUAGGUGAAAUAGGUAAUUUUGGUCAUUGUCGUAAAACCGAUUCCUACGAAUAUGGUUUGCUUGGAGGCGAGUAUGAAAGGGUUAGGUUUCAAUUAGAUGAAUUUGAA